CACAAGGAAAAGACCCCGUCCCUGCGGUGGGCUGCUGGAAACAAACACCUGGAUGACACAGCUGCUGAUACCUGUGGAUACGUGCAGCGUCUACCUGUCUAACUUUACGAUCUCUGUCUGUACGUCUGCAGCGCCCUCUGCCUGGUGACUGAACACGAUCAAAGUCUUCACUACGCGCCUCUCAUGCUUACUGAGAAUGGAUGAAACACAAGACGUGAUUCAGAUCGGAGAGAACAAGUUCAUCAGCAAGGCAACCGUCCUCUCACAACUUAAGACAUACAACCUCUACUAUGAAGGACAGAACCUACAGCUCAGGAACAGAGAGGAAGAGGGGGAGCUGAUCGUGGAAGGUCUGCUGAAUAUCUUCUGGGGCCUGCGUCGACCAAUCAGGCUUCAGAUGCAGGAUGACCACGAGCGAAUUCGACCUCCGCCUUCCUCUACAUCCUGGCACUCAGGUUGCAAUCUGGACAGUCAAGGUUGCCCAAACAGCACAGACGGUCAACAGACGACGCAGCAGCAGAGUCCGCCCACAGUGGAAGUGACGCCACCUGAGAGCCAAAUAGACGACAACGACAUGACAGAAGAACAGGCAGAAGAAGACAGUGAGAGCUCAGCUCAGCUCCUCAGGACGAAGAGUGACGCCGGGGUUUUAAGACGGGGCCAACGACGGUCACCGAGUGACCAGAGGAAGAUACGACGACAUCGCUUCUCCAUCAAUGGACAUUUCUACAACCAUAAGACAUCUGUUUUCACUCCCGCUUUCGGCUCGGUGACUAAUGUUCGGAUCAACAGCUGCAUGAAAACACCUCAGGUGCUGCGAGUACUUCUCAAUAAGUUUAAAAUUGAAAACAGCCCGGAUGAUUUUGCACUCUACCUUGUCCAUGCAAGCGGAGAGCGUGUGAAGCUGAAGCGGAGUGACUAUCCUCUGGUGCUGAGAAUAAUACAGGGUCCGUGUGAGCAGGUCUGCAAAGUUUUCCUCAUGGAAGAAGACCUGGGAGAGGAAGUCACAUAUGAUGUGGCGCAGUAUAUCAAGUUUGAGAUGCCUGUCCUGCAGAGUUUCAUCACCAAGCUGAAGGAAGAGGAAGACAGAGAGGUGCAGAAACUCAAAAGAAGGUAUAACUGCCUGCGGUGUAUAAUUGAGAAGCAGCUCGGCUGUCUUCCAGAUGGGGCGGCGUGUAUGUGAUCCGCUCCAGGAGAGGAUUUCCCUCCACCACGUCAAACGGUCCAAAUCAUUCCCAGAGCAUCAGAUCCUCCACCCAUAUGUGACCAAGAGACUAAUCAACAAUCCGCUGUCAAGGAACCCAUGUAUGUGUUUCAGCGAUUAUCCAGUUUCUGUUUGGGAUCUUGUCCAAAUCAUCCAGACUAUCAAUUUACAGACAAAACUUUAACAUGUCCCGUGGUGUGCAUGUUGAGUCCAUCUCAGCGACAUUCCUACCCUGACGACGUAAAGUCAAAUCUGCCUUUCUUGUCGGUUUCUCUCUGUUCCUCUCUUUCACCACAUACAGUAAACACAGAAAGACGUUCCUCUUCUGUUGCAGUGCUGCGUAAAAUGAGCCUAAAAUGUGACAUCCUGUCUUCAGUCGACCCCUCCAGGUUGAAAGCAGAUGCUAACAUUCAAUUUAAAGCACAAACAUUACAUGAUAUGGUCUCAAUAAAGUGCCUGUUAAAAGGUUUUUUCAAGCACAAAACGCAUUUUUAAAGUUUUUCACUGUGUAGAAAAUUCUUAGACCUCAAGCACAAAAGCUUUAAAAGCCCCCCAAUGCACUGGGUGCCUUUAUGGUCCCUGCUGUUCAAAAAUCAGUUAAAUUUUGUAAUUGAAGGAAUAAAAUUGACCCCCUCCAUGAAAACUGCAGCUGUGUGAACAGAUCAUCUGCUUAUGUUGUUUCCAUCAGUCUGUUUGUGGUCUUAAGUUGACAAAUGUCUCAACAACUGUUUUCUGUCGGCAAACUGAAUGUUAAAGACGUUUUAUGAUUUAAGUUGAAGGAAUAGUUCAACAUUUUCGAUAUUUUCUUGCCGAGUGUUAGAUGAUAAAACAAACACUACGCUCAGGUUUGUAUGAUUUGAAGCACAACAUGGAAAAAGACAGAUUAGGACGUCACUCUAAAUUGGCUUUUUUUAUUGCCACAUGGACGUUUCAGGCAAGAUGCAUUUCUCCACUGUGUGUAUUGGCAAUCUCACAAUCCACAUACAUAGGUGAGGUAAAUUAUAGAUGUCCACAACUGUUUUUCCCAGAAGGGGGAGCCAUAAUCACAUAAUAUAGGUUACUAAAAUGUAAAACAAAUAAAUAGAGGAUGAAAAAUAACCAAAAAACAACACAACUCGCGUUCAUUUAUUAAGAAACAAGCCAAUGAAAUGUCAUUCAACCCAUUUAGAAUUAUAGUACAAUGGGGGUGUAUCUAGUACAACUCAAGGUAGUUCUAUCAAGCUGUGGUUAUGUUUAUUAAAAUACCACCAACAGUUUAUCAUCAUGAUUAAAAAUAGACCAGGUACAGUUUAACAGGUAAACCACAUAUUUAGUGUGGCAUGUGAUUCUGUCCCUGACCUUAAUGUGAAUACCAGACGUCAGACGGGUGAAUUGAUUACCCUUAAUCCUAGAAUAACAGUGUAUACAAUCACGACGGGGUAAAUUUCCACCGGAGAUCUCAGGCAGAAACAGAAUGAGCUUCUUAUGCAAAUCUGACUUCACUACAAGAUCACGUAAGCUGGAAGACCUCUUAUAAAAAUAUCUAGGCUACGAGUUUAAAAGCUCUCGCAAAUACAUGAAAUACAGCCAGCAGCUAAUAAAGAUUCACAUACAGAACAAAGACUGGAAAGAGCUAGAAGAUAACAAAAGAUAACAAAAUCUACCCACCAGCGCCUCUGAAGCUCACAAAUUAACACAUUUUGUCUUGUUUGUUUAAUCCAUUUUUUAAAAAUGUAUAAAAAUGCCAAGUUGUGGUUUUACUGGGUUUAUAUGACAGAUUAUUUUCUUGGUUUGGCAAGGUAACUUCUUCGAGGCGUAUCAUCUCUGGCAGGCUUCCAGCAGAGACUAGAACAGGUGGAUUUUGUAACCUUUGGACUGAGCCAAGCUAGCAGUUUCCCCCUGUUUCCAGUCUUUGUGCUAAGCUAAGCAAAAGUACAAACAUUAGAGUAGUACUGAUCUUCUCAUCUAACUCUCUGCAAAAAAAACCCCAGCAGAAUAUUGAACUAUUCCUUUAAAGAAAAAAGAAAAAAAGAUCCAUCCUGACAGAGUUCAACACUUUUGAGCCAUGUUGGUUUUCUGUUGUAUCGUCCCGUUUCCUGUGAUAUGCAGUAUUUGCCUUAUUAAGAUGACAAGAUGUCAUGUUGAGAUUUUAAAAGCACAGUAAAAUCCUGUUUUUAUACAUUUCAACAUCCUCCUCCUCCACACAUUGACUCCUGAUGAUGACGUUACACUGAUUGUACAAAAAAAUGUAAGAAUAUUCACAUUUGUUUUGUUUUUUUCUUCUUUUCUUUUCUUAUAAAUCCAACAAAGAAUGACAUAAAAAAAAAGCACAACACACACACGAGUGAAAUCUACAUGACUGUGAAUUAUGCUGGCUGGUUGAUCUUUGAUAAAAGAAUGAUGUAAAUGUGUGAAUGAGCGUUUCAGAGCCGCAGCACAGUUUGUCUCCACGUGUACAGCGCUUCGCAUACGUCUGCUCGUAUCUGUGUGUGUACAGUUCGACGUCUCCAUUGCCGUGCAGCACACACUAAACUGAGUCGACAUAAGUGUGCGUAUGUGACUCUUGAGAGUGUGUGCAUGUUAUAUUUUCAGUGACUCUUGAGACUUUGCCUGCUUUUUGUAUGGUUUCUUAUACAAAAAUAAUGAAUGAAUUUUAGUCUUUGAAAUGUUAAAAACUCAUGCUACUACUUGGAAAAUGUAGUUUUUGUUUUGAUUUUUUUCGUACAAUGAUUGUUAUUUAAUAAAAAUGUUAUCUUGGGAAAAGAUGCACACAUAUAUAUAUAUAUAUCUGUAAUCUCCUUCCCCUCUCAUCCUGGUUGAAAAACAGCCUGACAUGUUAUGUAAUGAUCUUUAAAUCUUGUUGUAUAAUUUAAAAAUCUUAUAGGCCUAAUACCAAAUUGCUCAACAAGAUAUUCCAGUAGUCAUAGUCGA